AGUGAGGAAGGGAACCUGAAAGAGGAGGAAACAGCAGAGGUGGAGAUCAGGAGAGAGAGAAAGAGGAAGAGACAGUGUGUUGGGGAGUGGAGGGGGGCGACAGAAAGAGAAAGGGAAAAGAAGGAAAUAGAGACUAAGGAGGAGACUGAGGAAAAGAUUUGGAUAGAAGUAAGUUUGGAAAAGAGGCUGGAAGAGACAGAGGAAGGAGAAGGGAGGAGAGAGAACAAGACAAGAGUGUGAAUGAUAGGUGAGAGGCUACACUGAGUAUUCUGAGAGACAAUGUCUAAAGAGCAAUGAGGUGGUGGGACUGUCCUCUCUCUCCUGUUACUGGGACCCCAGAGCUGGCUCUUGAUGGAGCAAGGUCGACCUCGGAGCAGUGUCAGCCUGGCCAGCAGCGCCUCCACGACCUCCUCACUCAGCAGCCUGAGCUCCAAGAAACCUACCCGCGCAGUACACAAGGUCCAUGCCUUUGGGAAGAGGAGCAAUGCGCUGAGGAGGGACCCCAACCUGCCAGUGCACAUCAGAGGCUGGCUACAUAAGCAGGACAGUUCGGGGCUCCGGCUCUGGAAACGCCGCUGGUUUGUUCUCUCUGGCCAUUGUCUCUUCUACUACAAGGACAGCCGAGAGGAGAGCGUCCUGGGCAGUGUCCUGCUCCCCAGCUACACUGUUAGGCCGGAUGGGCCCGGAGCCCCCAGAGGCAGGCGCUUCACCUUCACUGCGGAGCACCCGGGCAUGAGGACCUAUGUCCUGGCAGCUGACACCCUAGAGGACCUUCGGGGCUGGCUGCGUGCCCUGGAUCGGGCCUCCCGCGCAGAGGGGGACGACUGUGGGCGUUCCAGGUCCCCAGCACGUCCUCAGCCUGCGGAGGGCCCUGGGGGCCUCAGGGUUCCUCCAGAGGUGAGCAGAAGAGAAGAGGGGCCCAUCGCAGAGUCACCCGAGGUAGCCCGGCUCUCCAGAAGUAGCAGCCGACACGGACUGCUCGCCCACGGCCCCACGGCUGACCUCCAGUCUGGCCCCGGGAGUAGGAGGACCAGGAGCCCAGACUUGUUCCCACCGCUCUCCCGUCCGCCCUCCCCUCUGAGUCUUCCCCGGCCCCGUUCGGCUCCUGCGCGGCGACCCCCUCCCUCCACAGCCGACGCCUCACUCCCUGCCCGCCCGCACACCCCUUUGAGUCGCAUCGAUGUCCGGCCUCCUCUGGAUUGGGCUCCCCAGAGACAGACAUUGUCACGGCCUCCCACUCCCCGCCGAGGACCCGCCUCCGAAGCUGGAGGAGGACGGCCCCCCAGGAGUCCCCAGCCCUGGAAGCCGGAACCUAAGACACAGACUUUCUCUGGUUCAUCCACCUAUCUCCAGCUGCCCCCCAAACCGCCUGCGACCCAGGCCUCCAUGGUUUUGUUGCCAGGGCCCCCAUUGGAUUCAACAUUCCAUCAAAGCUCAGAGACAGAUACUCUAUUGACCAAGUUGUGCGGGCAGGACCGGCAGCUCAGGAGGCUGCAGGAGGACAUAGACAAGAAGCAGGAGGAGAAGCAGGAGCAGCUAGAAGCAGCCCUGGAGCUGACAAGACAGCAGAUGGGUCAGACCACCAGGGAGGCCACAGCUCCUGGGAGGGCCUGGGGGCGCCAGCGCCUCCUGCAGGACCGGCUGGUGACGGUGAGGGCUGCCCUGUGUCACCUGGCUCAGGAACGAGAGCAGGUUUGGGGCACAUACAGUGGCCUGGAGCAGGAGCUGGCCACCUUAAGAGAGACCCUCGAGUACCUGCUACACCUUGGUUCCCCUCAGGACAGAGCAAGUGCUCAGCAGCAGCUGUGGAUGGUGGAAGACACGCUGGCAGGUCUGGGCGGCCCCCAGAAAAAGCCACUGCAUACUGACACUGAGCCUUCAUUGCCUGUGCCCCCAGGCGAGGAGUGCUUGGAGCGUGAGAGCCUGCCCGAGUCCCUGGAACUGAGUUCCCCUCGGUCCUCUGAGGUAGACUGGGGGCGGUCUCCCGGAGGUGAUAGAACCCUUGCUAGCCUCCACUCAGGUCUUGAGUCCCCAAGGGUCUCCCGGGCAUCCAGUCCUGAAGGACGCCACACCUUGUCCCCACAGCUGGGAACGAAGGUCCAGGUGGCCCGGCCUCGAAUGAGUGCCCAGGAACAGCUGGAGCGCAUGCGUAGGAACCAGGAAUGUUGGCGCCCUCUUCCACGCUCUGCCUCUCCAAGGUUCCUUACCCUGAGGAGAGCACCAUCCCCAGCCAGAAGCCAGCCUGACAUGGAGCAAAGGCCUGUUGGAGGAGCUGCAAAAUGGCUGAGAAGCUCUGGGUCCUGGAGUAGUCCUAGGCACUCUACACCUUUCAUGCCAACAUCCGAAGGCCACCGGGAACGGGUCCUCAGCCUCUCUCAAGCCCUGGCUACCGAGGCAUCUCAGUGGCACCGGCAGAUGACAGGUGGAAAUUCAGACUCCAUAGAUGACAGUCUCUCUUCAGGACCACAGCCCCCCACGGACGAAAUGCCCCAGGUCACCUUGUCCCCAACAUCUCACAUGGCUACCACAGGGUUCUCUUGCCAGGAUGAUGGACGAGGCAUCGGCCCUGCCCCCUUGGCCCCCACCUGGGACACCAGGAAAACGCCAUCCACACUGACCCAGGAUGAGGGGGUGUGGCCUCUGAGAGUCACUCUGCUACAGUCCAGCUUUUGAUCCACCUGACUGCUUCAGCCUCUGGGGUGGGGGCGUGGCAUGGAGGCGUCUCUCUAAGAUGUGGGGACAUUCUGGGCAGCAGGAGCCGUGGUUUCACCUUGUGGUCUGGGAGGGGCGGGGAUACUGUGGUCAAAGUUUGUUUUUUCUCAACACUGUCUAAACUUGGAUUAAAACUUUGAACUAUUA